GCGGGGGCAGGAGCGAGAGGGAGCCAUGCGCCGUCCGGUGUUUUGGCAGCUGCUGUGGGUCUGGUUGCUGUCCAGCCGCUUGCCGGGGGAGGUCCGCCCGCAAGAGACCGGGCCCGACAAGAUGAAACUCUGCGGCCGCGAGUUCAUCCGGACCGUCAUCUUCACCUGCGGCGGGUCCCGCUGGCGGAGGCUGGCGCCGGACCCGCGGACGGACCGCCGGGACCACCGGCCCGAACCUGUCCAGUCGUUCAUUAGCAAAGAUGUGGAACCCGACAAACUGAAGUCAGCAUUAACUCCUGGCGUGGAAGAGUUACAGGGCAUCUUCGCCCAGAAGACAAUGAAGGAUUUAUUUGAUCUGGACAGCGGCCACGAGUCUCUACCCAUGUCGGAGAAUUUAAAACGGUUCGUCGAUCAACUCGAGGAACCUUCCGAGGAGAGUCAAGGCCAAGGGGAGGCCACAAAUCCUUUAGAGCCGAGCAACUUCAGCUGGGUGAAACAUCCCCGAAAAAAGAGAGACUUUAGCCUGGGGUCUUAUUGUUGUACCUAUUCCUGUUCCAAAGCCGAUAUUAUCAAAGUAUGCUGAGCUGUGAGAAUGUCAACUUCGUUGAUGUCCCAGGCGGUACUACGUAUUGGUAGAGAGUGAAAUAUUGUUUUGAUGACUUUGUAGUUUUCAGGUAACCUGGAAGAAUCUAAUAGUCCUUUCUCUGUGGUUAACUAUGAAUGAAUCUCAUACCUUUUUUCCCGAGAGAGCAAUCUUCGGGGAUUAUUUUUUUUUUACUAGUGGAAAAGUAACGAGAUUUGCAAGUCUGUUCCUAAUUUUUAAAUUUCAUUCCUAAGGUGUCUCUCAUCACUUUAAGCUUGUAUUUCUGUAGGGAAAUGGAUAAAAUCAUUAAAGCAUACGCAAUAUUGGAGAAAUAA